AAAUGCAGCAAGUGUUGGAUAACCUUACGGAGCUGCCCUCAUCUACGGGAGCAGAAGAGAUAGACCUAAUUUUCCUCAAGGGGAUUAUGGAGAAUCCAAUCGUAAAAUCACUUGCUAAGGCUCAUGAGAGACUAGAAGAUUCAAAACUAGAAGCUGUCAGUGACAAUAACUUGGAAUUAGUCAAUGAAAUUCUUGAAGAUAUCACUCCUCUAAUCAGUGUGGAUGAGAAUGUGGCAGAACUGGUUGGUAUACUCAAAGAGCCCCACUUCCAGUCACUCUUGGAAGCCCAUGAUAUUGUGGCAUCAAAGUGUUAUGAUUCACCUCCAUCAAGCCCGGAAAUGAAUAAUUCUGUUAAUAAUCAGUUAUUACCAGUAGAUGCCAUUCGUAUUCUUGGUAUUCACAAAAGAGCUGGGGAGCCAUUGGGUGUAACCUUUAGGGUUGAAAAUAAUGACCUGGUAAUCGCCCGAAUCCUUCAUGGAGGCAUGAUAGAUCGACAAGGUCUGCUCCAUGUGGGAGAUAUCAUUAAAGAAGUCAAUGGCCACGAGGUUGGAAACAAUCCAAAGGAAUUACAAGAAUUACUGAAAAAUAUUAGUGGAAGUGUCACCCUAAAAAUCUUACCAAGCUAUAGAGAUACCAUUAUUCCUCAACAGGUAUUUGUGAAAUGUCAUUUUGAUUAUAAUCCAUACAACGAUAACCUGAUUCCCUGCAAAGAAGCAGGAUUGAAGUUUUCAAAAGGAGAAAUUCUUCAGAUUGUAAACAGAGAAGAUCCAAAUUGGUGGCAGGCUAGCCAUGUAAAAGAGGGAGGAAGCGCUGGUCUCAUUCCAAGCCAGUUCCUGGAAGAGAAGAGAAAGGCAUUUGUUAGAAGAGACUGGGACAAUUCAGGGCCUUUUUGUGGAACCCUAAGUAGCAAAAAAAAGAAAAAGAUGAUGUAUCUCACCACCAGAAAUGCAGAAUUUGACCGUCAUGAAAUCCAGAUCUACGAGGAGGUAGCCAGAAUGCCUCCCUUCCAGAGAAGGACAUUAGUACUAAUAGGAGCUCAAGGUGUGGGACGAAGAAGCUUGAAAAACAGGUUCAUAGUAUUGAAUCCCACUAGAUUUGGAACCACGGUGCCAUUUACCUCAAGGAAACCAAGGGAAGAUGAAAAAGAUGGCCAGGGAUAUAAGUUCGUGUCACGGUCUGAGAUGGAAGCAGAUAUUAAAGCUGGAAAAUAUUUGGAACAUGGGGAAUAUGAAGGAAAUCUCUAUGGAACCAAGAUUGACUCUAUUCUUGAAGUUGUCCAAACUGGACGAACUUGCAUUUUGGAUGUCAACCCACAAGCCCUGAAGGUGCUGAGGACAUCAGAGUUCAUGCCCUACGUUGUCUUCAUCGCUGCUCCGGAGCUGGAGACGUUGCGCGCCAUGCACAAAGCUGUGGUGGACGCUGGCAUUGCUACCAAGCUUUUGACGGACUCUGACUUGAAGAAAACAGUGGAUGAAAGUGCACGAAUUCAGAGAGCAUACAACCACUAUUUUGAUUUGAUCAUCGUAAACGACAAUCUAGACAAAGCCUUUGAGAAACUACAAACUGCCAUAGAGAACCUGAGAAUGGAGCCACAGUGGGUCCCCAUCAGCUGGGUUUACUGAUGAGUCAAUAAGGUUCACAAUUAAAAUGCAGCUUUUAGAAAGUGACGACAGCAAAUAAACUUACUCCUGGGAAAACGCGUGCACGGAGAAGAUGUCUGCAAGGCCAGGCCUUUUUACCGUAGAUUGAAAUGCCAGUACACUCUUCUGAAUUUUUAUAGACAGUGUGGCUGGGAAGGGGUACUAAUAUAAUUUAUCUUAAUUUUUCUAACUUUUUAUGGACAAUCUAUUCAUAUCACAUAAAGAAAUGCGUUGAAGCAUUUUGUAUAUGUUUUGAUUUAGUGCCCUUGCCUUUUUCAUCACAAGAAUUUCCAACUCACUCAUUCGAACCUUGGUCUCACAUUUUCACUGUGAUAAUGAAUACUUGAAAUAGUUUUGUAAAGUUGCCAUUUAGCUCAGUAUUUAACAAGUGAAGGGGAAGUUACUCUAGAAUAUCGUUAUUGGCCUUCUUUCCUACUAUAAUUUCUUAAAGGAGCAGAACCUGAAUGUCAGUGCUACAGCAAGUCUACCACCAUCCAAAUCUGACAUCAGAAGUCUGCUCAAUGCUACAUAGCUUUGUUAUUUCAGAGAUCUAUGGCUGUCCGUUCUGAUUUGUACAGAUGCAUUGGGUUUUUCCCCCUUCAUUUCUAUCUUUAGUGAAAAAAUGAAGAGCAAUACCUUGCACUCUCAUUUGUCGCAAAGACAGGCUGAUGUGAAGUUACCGUGUACACAGCAAGCAAGCUGGGUGGGCUCAGAGUGCCUCCUGUAAAACAGCAACAUGACACUUGCCGUUUAUUUUUUUUCACAGGUAAAAAUUUAAUGGACAAAAACGAACUUCUUACACAGGUUUUUAUUGGGCUGUGGUCAGCAACUGUAUCAUGCCUCUGCAUUUUUCUGUGAUGCGUAAAGAUGCCUUUGAGUUUGAAGUUUGGGGCUGCGAACAACCAGUGUGCUUUUUGAAGUAUGAUGUGAUCGUUAAGGUUAUCUGUUCGAUUUGUUGUGUAGAAAACCCAGACCACUGAAUGAUUUUUAAAAUUUGGAAAUAAUGGUCAGCUAUUUUACCUACUAUAUAUAACAUAUACAUUAUAUAAUAUAUACAUUGUAUAUAUUAUAUAAUAUGUAUUAAAUUUUUUUACAUUUCUGUAAGGAAAUGCACUUUUGUUUAAUGAUUAGGGGGAAAAAACAGUUCUCCUCUAGAUGCAUUAAUAUAUACAAAUUUCCAAAUCAACCUCAGUUAAUACGUUCCUUUAGGAUUCUUGUAUGGUAUACUUUCUUCCUGAAAAGUAUUCAGAGAUGCGGCUCAUCAUCGAACGAAGUCAUCCAUAUUUUAUAUUGCUGCUCGCUUUUCACAUAGAGGUCCUCACACUUGAAGGGUUCGGUCCUUACCCGGUGGUGGUUGUCUUUGACUGGUGGCAGGCACCAGGCACCUGGCUGCUGCCUGUUCUCCGUCACGGGGCUGUCACAUGGAAUGCCCGCGGGAGGGCUGGAGGAGGGGGAAAUGCAGGUGGUGAGUGGUACGCACACACUGUUGUAAAUCUUUUCACAAUAAAACAAAACUCUCAA